AAAUAAAUAUAUUUUAUAUUAUUUCUAUAUUAAUCUGGGAUUACCAAAAGCUUUAUCUCUUUCGUUUGAAAAAAUAAUAUAGUUUUUCCUGAUGAACAUUUCACACAAACCCUUUAUUAUAUUUGAAAACACCACAAUAAUGCACUUUUAUCAUCCGCAGCCGUUUGCAGUGGAAACUACAUGAAACUGCGUGACAGUCGCUCGUGCGUUUCCUACGAUAGUGGAAUGUUUUUUUCCGAGAGUGUCGCGCGUCACUGAGAUACCCUAUUCUGAUUGGCUACUUGGACUGCUCAUCAGCGAAAGAAGGCGGGGAAAAGCGUGCGGCUCGUGACGCUUUUCUGAAAAAAAAAAAACGAGAAGAAAAAGAAAAAAAACUUGUUACAAGAUGGCGACGGCGAACUGCUUGUACACUGGAAAACAAUAGAAACAGCAGAGUGAGAGGAGAGUUUAUUUGGGUGCAGCUGCGUUUUGUUUUCGCUCUGUUUGUUAGACACGGGCUCGGUGGUGGUUGUUUUGGGCUGUGAGUAACUUUUACUGCUCGCUAUCGCUGAAAGUGAUUUAUUUAUUCCAGCAUGCUUUGUUAUUAGGGCUAGUUAGCGCUAGCCUGCUAGCUUAGCUACAUCCGUAGCUUUGCUCAGUACUAUCUAGCUCUAUAGAUUUAAUACAGGUCAGCUGUUAGCCAGCUAGCUAAUUUUUAAAAAAAAGUUGUAAAAGUGGAUAACUUUGUGCUUUAAUUCUUUAAUGGCUGAGACGCUUUUUUAUUGGGUUUUACACGGCAUGGUUGUUUGUGUCAGAAAUGUUGUAGGUCUGAAAGUUUGACUGAGAGAGAGAGAGAGAGAGAGAGAGGGAGAGAGACAGAGAGUUCAUUCGGCUGUAAGGAGGCUAAGUUGGGGAAAAGUCUUUACAAGAGGAACGCUAUCAUCCCAAAACCUCCUCACAGGACAUGAGAGACAAAACAACACUCGUGUAAUUUUCUCCACUCAAAGCUAGGUUUUAUUUCUGGUGACUGGCAGCAUCACUCUUGUCUAGUCAGCUGGUUUAAGAAAUAAACCUGAUUGCUUUUGAUGAUCCUGUAGUCUGAGUAAACCGAGUCCACUUCUGCACACAGAGAGAAAGUUUUUACCCCCUAGCUCAAAAGCUCAUGCUCUGUAAUCCUGGUGCUACUGAAGGAAAGUGUAUUCUCGGAUGGACUUCAGGUUGUAAAACUUAUUUUGUCUUUCUUUUGGUGCGGCUGGAUGUAUAACUUUUUACCAGCGAGAUGCCAUGGAUGUUAGAAAAGUCUGCAUUAAAUAAAAUGCAAAGUACUUUUGGAGUAAAACUGGCUUGUUAGUUUAGUGGAUUUGUGUUGAAAAGUCGUGAGCGUUUUUUGGAUGGAAAAUCUGAUUUCUGCUUUUUUGUCGCUGUGAUUUGUGUAAGUGUGUGUGUGUGUGUGUGUUUGUGAACUCAGACUGCCCUGAUAUUUAACUGCAAAUCGCUGAACUAUGUCGGAUUUGUUGUUGUUGUUGCUAGUUGACAAAUAUAUUGACUAAAAUGGAGGCAGUUGAGGGUGUUUUGUAAAAAAAUAAAAAAAUACAAUAAAUAAAAAAAGGUGAAAGGGUGUGGGGUCCCAGUCGCCCACACGCCGACAGGGGAAAUAAAGAGGCAGCUGAAGUGAGCGAUAUUGAAGUUUAGGGGGAAAUAAGGCGUCUCGGUACCGGGUUGAGGUAGCGGCUGAGCGCCAUGGCGGAUUAUGUGGUGUCGCGGCACAGCGCGGUGAUGGAGCGGCUCCGGCGGCGCAUCGAGCUCUUCCGGCGGCAUCACAACAGCUGCGAGAGCCGCUACGACAACACGGCCAUGGAGCGCCUCGAGCUCGAGAGGCAGCAAACUUUCGCCCUGCACCAGCGCUGUUUGCAGACCAAAGCCAAGCGCUCCAACAAGCACCGGCAGCCGCAGACGGGGAGCGAGCAGGCGGCGCAGAGAGGCACCGGGAGCGCGGAGAGCGCGGAGGGAGGCGGCGGUGGCGGUGGAGGAGGAGGAGGAGGAGGAAGCGCGCCUGGAGAGCAGAGCCGCAACAGCACUCUGAUCGCGCUGCAAGAGACAGUGAAGAGGAAACUGGAGAACGCCAGCCCUCCUGGUGGCCGUGACCAGGUAAAUGGAUUCAGUGAUGGUUACCCCCCAGCCAAAAAGUCCUGUUUGGGGGAUGCUUUGGGUAGUCUGAACGGGUCGUCAAAUGGUGCCAUGCCCCCUCUUUCACCCAUGGACACCAAGCAUGGUGUGACUGCUGACUUGGCGCUAAAUGGUGCACCAGCGGUGGGUAGUGCUGAGCAAAAUGGCAUCACUCUAGCCACUGAAUCUGACAUCCGUCUGAAGGAGCUGAAGCAAGAGCCCAUGGAUGACAUCCUGCCUGCCGGUGGGGGCAACGGCAACAUCAUCCUGCCUGACCUCAACCUGAAUGAACAGGAGUGGACUGAGCUCAUGGAGGAGUUUAAUCGCUCUGUGCCUUAUGAAGAAAUCCAAGAGCUCUUCAACGAUGGCUUUGAGGACCGCAAGGAAUCCGAGGUGCCAUCUGGCACUGUGGCACCUGCCAGCCUCCUCCCUACAGAUCUUGCUGGCACGGUUAAGGCAGAGUUUUCCCCAGCCCCAGCCUCAGCCUCUUCUGCCUUUGACCAGGACGCGCGCACUGGGUCACCACACAUCCCGUCCACCUCAUCUGGGCCUCCAAUGCAUGCCAGCUCCCCAAUCAUGCCGCCAGCAUCUGCCUCCUCACCUGCUCUGUCUGGACACCAACAUACGCAGCAGCAGCCUAGCCAGCCCAGGCCACUGCAAAACAACUUGAUGCCACCCAAAGACUUGUCGCCGGCGCAGCAGCUGCAGCAGCUAGCUGCCCGGGAGCAACAAAGAGCACAGCUCAUGCAGAACCAGCAGCACCAGGCCCAGAAACAGCAGAAACAACAGCAGCAGGCACCCAAAUUUCACCAGCAGUCCAAUCAUCCCUCCGCUUGGCAGAGUGCCCCCCCUAAUCAGAGUCCACUAGGAGGUGGCACGUUUGGCCUGGAGAAGCCCACUAGCCCUUCACUCUACCCUUCAGACUUCCAGAAUCCCAAGUCCCUCCUCAUGCCUGGCCAGCAGCCCAGUAAGGGCUCCCCAAAAGCCAGUGCCCCAGGAGCAUACAUGCAGCCCAGUGGGCACCCAAUGUUGGGUCAUGGUGCAGCUGCAUCUGGAGCCCUCAGCCUUCAACCAGCCUCUGGAGGCCAGACAGCCAUGUUGGACUACAACAACACCAAACCGCUGAGUCACUUUGAGGCUGGAGCACCAAGAGGCCCUGCGAAUACACAGAGCCAGAGCAAAGCAGCAAUGCUCAACCUCCUGCGCCAGCAACAGCAACACCAGCAGCAGCAGAUGAAGCAGAGGCCCACUGGCAUACUGCCGUACAGACCCACAACACAUCUGACACACUCGCAGGAUCCAGGUACUUACCCAUCUGCCCCUCACGUCCCGGGCCCUGGCGGUCCCAUGGUAACGCAGUCGGGUGGCAGUGGCAUGGCAGGUACCCACAAUAAUGCAGCGUAUCUGAGCGGCCUGCCGAAACAACAGCAAAUGCAGAUGAUGAGUCCACAGCAGAAACAGUUCCUCCAGAGACAGAUGAUGGCCGAGCAGGAGAAGCAGCGGCAGCAACAGGAGCAGCAGAUGCAGAGGCACCUAACCCGUCCACCACCUCAGUACCAGGACCAGCAGAACCCAUCUACCCAGCAAAACCCAUUCCAGCAGCAGCCGCAGGUCUCCCAGUUUCCAGGUUCGUCUCAGCCGAUGGGCAACGUGAACUCCCUUGGCGGCCCGGCUCCUGGUGUUCAACGCAUGUUUCCUCAAAAUCAAAGCAUGAUGGGAAUUGGUCAAGGGGGAGGUCCUGCCCCAGGCGCUCCUCCUGCAGCCAAUCAGGCAGAUCUGAGCCUAUCAUCUUGUGCAGGUGGGCUUGAGGCCCAGCAGGUUCUUUACGGAAACAUGCCUAUGCACCCGUCCCACGCCAACCAGCAGAGAAUGCCCGUUUCAGCAAUGCAGAACUACAGGCACAGCGUUCUAGCCCAGCAGCAGGCCCAUCUCAAGCAGCAGCAGCAGUUGGCUCGUAUGCCUAACAGUAUGCCCAACAGUAUGCCCAAUGCUAUGGCUAACAACAUGAGCUCCAUGCCCAGUUCAAUGCCCAACACCAUAACCAGCAAUAUCCAGGGUGCAAUGCCUCCACAGGCCCAGUCGUGGCAGCAGCAGCAUCCAGCUCUUCAGCAGGGCAUGGCUGGUCAGCCUAAUACCAACAACAGUGCCUUACCUGCUGGCUUUCCAAACUCUAGUUUCCACAUGCAGCCCAGGAUGACCAAGCUGCCCGGCAGUGCACCCUUCACCCAGGCUGGCUUGGGGAAUGGUGCAGCUGGCAGGGCUAUGGUGAGUAUGAACCCGGGGCAAAUGAUGCCUAAUAUGGCCCAGCAGAGAGCCAACAAUGCCACCAUGGCACAGCAGCAGCCUCAGCAAGGACAGCCAGCACCCCCUCAGUCACAGCAGGUCCUGCCUGACCUGGGGCCAUUUGGGCAGCCACAGGGCGGUCAGGUGCCUAACCGUACCGCAGGCAUGCAGUGCAACCAGGCCUACCAGGUCAACCGGACACCCAAUCAGCAGCUGCCGUUUGGAUAUAACGCCCAGUCAGGGGGCAGCUUAGCCAGCUUUCCUGGGGAGACUGACCUGGUGGACUCACUGUUGAAGAACCAGUCUACGCAGGAAUGGAUGGACGACCUAGAUGAGCUGUUGGCCAGUCAUCAGUGAUUGGCACUCAAACUAGAAACUGAGUGAUGUGGACAUUACUGACUGUUCUCUGGUCAGAACUGCUGUACUGUGUGUGUGGAUGUGUCUGAUAAAAGGAGUAUUGGGCACAAGAAGCCUGUGUGUAUUGAGUGUUCCUAGGGCUUUCAUGACAAUGUGUAAAGCUAAAAGAAAAAAAAAAAUUCUACUACUGAUCCUGUGGCUCAGUACUAAAACCACUGAAUCAUACCCAAAUUUGAUGGGUCAACACGCACACAAAUACACACUGCUUUUAUUUGCCUUCUUGCUGUUGAGGCUACAUACGUUUGCCAGAAUUGGUGCUUAUGUGCCUAAAAAGCUAGGUAUCCAGGCCAAGGCCAGGCUGAUGAAGUCUGCAUAUUUGAGAUGUUCAUGGACUGUAUUUGAGACCGUAGACUUGUACUGAGGGUAGCCACCUUCCUCUCUCUUUUCACUCAAUUCCCACAAGCCUUAGUCCUGAAUCCAUGGCCUUAAAUCAACUAUCAUACCCACACACAUCUGUGACUGAUUCCAAGACAGGGAGUUUAUUCUUUCUCCUGUUCAGUGUAUUCAUUUGGCAGUAGAGUUUGAAAUCUCUGCUUCUCAGUGAAUUCUCAGUGUGUACUGAGCGUCCCAAGUUUGUUGUUUGUUGUUUGUUCUGUUGGAAAUGAGAGGUUUAGGAAGUUGAUGAUUCAGCAUUAUGCUAAAACACUAAAAUGGACGUUAACACAAUUUCUGUUCAAUGUUACACUAAAUCAAAUGUUUUCCCUUUAAAGAAACAUUUCUAACCAAUCAGAUAGGGGAGAGGUGCCGUCCACUGAUGUCUUUUUUUUUUUUUUUUAAUUUUUUUU